CUCCCUUCCCUUGGCGAGCGGCGUCGGCGCCUGCGCAGAGGGACAAGGAAGCUGGUCCCCCGCGGCGGCGGCGCCUGCGCGCUGCGGGCUCCGGGCCUCCCGGCCUGAGGGAGAGGAGCGGGGAAGAUGGCGGCCGUGGUGGAGAAUGUUGUGAAGCUCCUCGGGGAGCAGUACUACAAGGACGCCAUGGAGCAGUGCCACAACUACAACGCCCGCCUGUGUGCCGAGCGCAGCGUGCGCCUGCCCUUCCUGGACUCGCAGACCGGGGUGGCCCAGAGCAACUGUUACAUCUGGAUGGAAAAACGGCACCGCGGUCCAGGCUUGGCUUCUGGGCAGCUCUACUCCUACCCUGCCCGGCGCUGGCGGAAGAAGCGGCGGGCCCACCCCCCCGAAGACCCGAGGCUUUCGUUCCCCUCGAUUAAGCCAGACACCGACCAGACCCUGAAGAAGGAGGGACUCAUCUCUCAGGACGGCAGUAGCUUGGAGGCCCUGCUGCGCACAGACCCCCUGGAGAAGCGAGGUGCCCCUGACCCCCGAGUUGAUGACGACAGCCUGGGCGAGUUUCCUGUGACCAACAGCCGAGCACGGAAGCGGAUCCUAGAGCCAGAUGACUUCCUGGAUGACCUUGAUGACGAGGACUAUGAGGAGGACACCCCAAAGCGCCGGGGCAAGGGCAAGUCCAAGGGCAAAGGUGUGGGCAGCGCCCGUAAGAAGCUGGACGCGGCCAUCCUGGAGGACCGGGACAAGCCCUACGCCUGUGACAAUAGUUUCAAACAAAAGCAUACCUCGAAAGCGCCCCAGAGAGUUUGUGGCAAACGUUACAAGAACCGGCCAGGCCUCAGUUACCACUACGCCCACUCCCACUUGGCCGAGGAGGAGGGUGAGGACAAGGAGGACUCCCAGCCCCCCACCCCGGUCUCCCAGCGGCCCGAGGAGCCGAAAUCCAAGAAGGGUCCCGAUGGGUUGGCCCUGCCCAACAACUACUGCGACUUCUGCCUGGGGGACUCGAAGAUCAACAAGAAGACAGGGCAGCCUGAGGAGCUGGUGUCCUGCUCCGACUGCGGCCGCUCAGGGCACCCGUCCUGCCUCCAGUUCACCCCGGUGAUGAUGGCGGCCGUGAAGACCUACCGCUGGCAGUGCAUCGAGUGCAAGUGCUGCAACAUCUGCGGCACCUCCGAGAAUGACGACCAGCUGCUUUUCUGCGACGACUGCGACCGUGGCUACCACAUGUACUGCCUGACCCCGUCCAUGUCAGAGCCUCCCGAGGGGAGCUGGAGCUGCCACUUGUGUCUGGACCUGCUGAAGGAGAAAGCGUCCAUCUACCAGAACCAGAACUCCUCCUGAGGGGCCACGCCGCCCCCACCAUCUAGGGCUGGUCCUCUCCUCUCUCGUUUCAUGCCCGCCUUGCCCUUCUGCCUCCUCUCCCACGAGUCCAGGGACCCUCAGGGUGGUCACGCCAACCUGCUUCUGGCAGCAGCAGCCUGAGGUGACAGUUCUGGCCGCGUGGCCCCGGCCCUCAGGGAGAAGCAAGCGGCGUGGCUCCCCCCCGCUCCCAUGAAGUGCAUUCACUCUGCCUGCCUUGGGCCCCAGCCCUGGUGACCACAGGGUCCAGCGGUGUCCUCCGAAGGCAGGGGCAGCUCCCUUCUCUCGGCUCUGCUUCCACCCGGCUGCCAGGGUUGCAGCUUCCCUGAAGCUGGGGCCACAGUGCCAGGAGCAGCAGGGCCUGGGCCCUGGAGCCAGGGAGGAGGUGCCUGCAGGCACGUCCACAUCCUGAGUGCUGCCUGGCUUGUCCCUCCUGCCCGCAGAGUGGCCUGUGGCCCUCUCCCUCUGCCAGGCUGCUGUCACCUCCAGCUCGGCCCUGUCCUGCUCACCCAAGCCCAGGGGGGGUAGAAGCUUCACCCCUCCUUCCUUCUGCUCACCCGCCUCAUUCACAGGCGCCCUCUUGCAACCGAAGCAUAUCCCCCUCCCAACUUCCUCUUUUCUGCCCCUUCUUCUUCCCUUUGAUUUUGUGGGGACAGGGGCACCACCAGGGGCCAGGGCAGCAACUUGGAGGCCACAGGGAGAUGUUGGAUAGAUAAUGUGCCUGUUUUUUAACUCUAUGAAAAAGCCUACCUCCAAACCCCCUUUUUGUUCUCCUGGACCUGGGCUCUCGGCCCUGCCCUUCACUGAGUUGGAGCCUCUGCAUCCUGCUCCCGCACAGGGUGGCCACGGAGACAUCCCUCCCCUCCCUUGCACACUCGCUAGCAGCUGGUAAGGUCUUUCCACCCCCUUCUUCGUUUCCUGCCUGGGGACACUGACAUUAAGUGGUGGGGUGGGGGGGGCGGCGUUCAUUCCAGGACCCUGGAGCAGCCCUCCCCUGGGUCAUGGGUGGCCCUAAUUCUCUGUUGCUUUGGAGUUGGGGCGACUUCAGUUCCUGCAUUCUAAACAUUAGUGCAAAUAAACCUUUUUACAGAGA